GUUCUUGAUUGUUGUUUCGUAGUUGAAGCAUCUCAGCUGCCAAACCUGACUCUAAACUCAUCACAAUGAACAAGGAUGACUACAUACUCCCAAAGGACUUCCCUGAACUGAAGAAUGACACCUUCUUACGCGCGGCGCGAGGGGAGGAGAUCGAGCACGUGCCAGUAUGGUGUAUGAGACAAGCCGGCCGUUACCUGCCAGAAUUCCGUGAAUCCAGAGCUGGGAAAGACUUCUUUGAGACAUGCCGUUCUCCAGAGGCUUGCUGUGAACUUACACUACAGCCACUGAGACGCUAUCCCUUUGAUGCUGCCAUAAUCUUCUCAGAUAUCCUGGUGGUGCCCCAGGCUCUGGGCAUGGAGGUUCAGAUGGUCCCUGGAAAAGGCCCCACCUUCCCAGAGCCCCUUAAAGAACCGGAGGACCUCCAGCGUUUGCGGCCUGCGGUGGACGUGUCCGCGGAGCUGGGCUACGUCUUCAGGGCCAUCACGCUGACGCGGCACAAACUGGAGGGCAAGGUGCCCCUCAUAGGCUUCACUGGAGCACCGUGGACACUCAUGGCUUACAUGAUAGAUGGUGGAGGCUCCAACACGUACUCGAAGGCCAAGCGUUGGCUGUACCGGUACCCAGAGGCCAGUCACAAGCUCCUCAAACGGCUGACUGAUGUCAUCGUAGACUACCUGAUCGGACAGGUCGCUGCUGGGGCCCAGGCGUUGCAGGUGUUUGACUCUCAUGCUGGUUGUCUGGGCCCAGUCCAGUUUAAAGAGUUCUCUCUGACCUACCUGAGAGACAUUGCUCGCAGGGUGAAAGACAAGCUGAAGGACUCUGGUCUCGACAAUGUACCCAUGAUCGUGUUUGCUAAGGACGGACAUUAUGCUCUCGAAGACCUCUCAGAGUCUCAUUAUGAAGUGGUGGGGUUGGACUGGACCAUCGAUCCCCGCUCGUCCAGAGAGAGAACAGGGGGGAAAGUGACUCUUCAGGGUAACAUGGAUCCCUGUGCGUUGUAUGCGUCCAAGGAGGAUAUUUCAGAGACCGUGAAGAAGAUGCUGGAAGGUUUCGGUACCCGUGGGUACAUUGCCAACCUGGGUCACGGCCUGUACCCCGACAUGGACCCCGAAAACGUGGGUGCCUUCGUCAACGCGGUCCACACCCACUCUCGACAGCUCCUUAACCUUAAGUAAACCGUCUCACGCAACCAACGAGCAGAGCGGUCCAAACAAACAAACGCCGAGCCGUUCUGAUCUGGCCGCAUCCUCUACGUUUGAGUUUCUCUAAUCCGGCUCUGCUGUUUUUUUUG